CAUCCAACGCUAACUUCAGUCGAUUAGAUCUGUCAAAUUAACAAAAAAAAUAAUGUUGGCAAAUGGCAAACCAAAGUGUUUCUCGUGAGCGUCUUAUUAUAUUUUUUUGAGAGUAUUAUUUUGUAGAGAAAAAUGUCAUUAGCCGACGAAUUGCUAGCAGAUCUUGAAGAAAAUGACGACGAGGAUGUUGAAAUGCAAGAACCGGAAGAGGAGUUCAUUCCGGCUUCUAUUCCUAAACCGAUUGAAGAAGAAAUAAAAGUACAAAGAGUUACGGAACUUUGUAAACUUUGUGAUUCGACACAAUUGCAAAAUGUAAUGACACAAAUUGACAAGUACAGUAAAAUACUGAGAAAACCGGAAGAUAUUGUCGGUGCAGUUGAAUCCGAUCCUGAAUAUCAACUUAUUAUUGGAGCAAAUAAUUUGGCUGCAAAAAUAGACGAUGAAGUUGGUACAAUACAUCGAUUUACAAAAGAUAAAUAUUCAAAGAGAUUUCCCGAACUCGAAUCGUUGGUUGUCGAUGCAUUGGAAUAUGUAAUGACAGUAAGAGAAUUGGGCAACGAUUUGGAUCGGGCUAAAAAUAAUGAAAUUCUCCAACAAUUUUUAACACAAGCAAUUAUUAUGGUUGUUUCCGUAACAGCAUCAACGACUCAAGGUCAAUUGCUGACAGAGGAGGAAAAAAACGCAAUCUUUGAAGCCUGUGAUAUUGCGGUGGACUUGAAUAAUUAUAAAAUAAAAAUUUUCGAAUACGUUGAAAGUAGAAUGGCAUUUAUUGCUCCAAAUUUAUCGAUAAUUGUUGGAUCUUCAACUGCCGCAAAAAUUAUGGGUGUAGCUGGAGGUUUGACGAAAUUGUCGAGAAUUCCCGCCUGUAAUGUUUUAGUUCUUGGAACAAAAAAGACUACGCUUUCGGGAUUUUCUCAAACUUCAACAUUACCGCACGCAGGAUUUAUUUAUUACUCUGAUAUUGUUCAAGAAACACCGCCGGAUCUUCAUAGAAAAGCGGCGAGACUUGUGGCUGCAAAAUGCAUUUUGGCGGCUCGCGUUGACGCGGCACACGAAAGUACGGACGGACAAAUCGGACGAAUGUUUCGCGACGAAAUUGAAAAGAAACUCGAUAAAUUACAGGAGCCACCGCCAGUGAAAUUUGUAAAACCAUUGCCCAAACCAAUUGAUCCCGGCAGGAAAAAGCGAGGCGGAAAACGCGUUCGUAAAAUGAAAGAGCGUUACGCAAUCACGGAAUUUAGAAAACAUGCGAAUCGAUUGAACUUUGCCGACAUUGAAAGCGACGCUUAUCAAGAGGAUUUGGGUUAUUCGAGGGGAACAAUUGGCAAGGCCGGAACGGGACGAAUUCGAUUACCGCAAGUUGAUGAGAAAACGAAAGUUCGAAUAUCCAAAACACUACAGAAAAAUCUUCAAAAACAACAACAAUGGGGCGGCAGUACAACGGUGAAGAAACAAGUUUCCGGAACUGCAUCGAGCGUUGCUUUUACACCAUUGCAGGGUUUGGAAAUCGUAAAUCCACAGGCAGCCGAAAAGAAGAUAAACGAAGCCAAUGGAAAAUACUUUUCAAAUACGGCUGCUUUCUUUAAAGUGAAAAAAUCUACCUAAAUUAUUCUAAUUUUAAUUUAAUGGUAAUUAUAACGAUAUAAAUAUGCAAAAAAACAAACUUUUCCGAGUGAAUAAUAAAUAGGGAAGAUUAA